AAGGGCUGGACCUGUCGACGCGGUAAUUGUAUUUUGUUAAUCGAAAACGCUGGUAGGGUUCGGAGUUUGCUUAGAGGAAUAGAAGAUAUAGAAGGGAUUGCAUGUGAAGAUUCGUGUGAUCCGUUUGCUUUGUGGGAAAUUGGCCCUUGAUUGUUAAAGAGAAGUAGCUGGAAAUCAGAAGCAAUGACGACCGCAGCUCGACCUACAUGGGCACCUGCUAAAGGUGGCAACGAACAAGGUGGUACGCGAAUUUUCGGUCCUUCGCAAAAGUACUCAUCCAGGGACCUUGCAGCCCAUACCACCCUAAAGCCCAGGAAAGAAGGGCAGGACACACAAGAGGAAUUGCAGAGAAGGAACCUACGUGAUGAGCUGGAAGAGCGUGAAAGGAGGCAUUUUUCAUCAAAAAAUAAAUAUAAUGAUGACAGGGAUCGUGGAAAAGGAAGCCAUCUCUUGUUGGAAGGAGCAAAGAGAGAAACUGAAGAUCGCAUUGUUCCACGUAGUGUGGAUGCAGAUGAUUCUGACAUUGAUGUCAAGAGUGAUGAUGAGAGUGAUGAUGACGACGACGAUGAGGAUGACACUGAAGCUCUUCUGGCUGAGCUUGAACAAAUAAAGAAGGAAAGAGCAGAGGAAAAGCUACGCAAGGAACGACAACAAAGAGAAGAAGAGCUGAAAGUAAAGGAGUCAGAGCUUAUGCGUGGAAACCCACUGCUAAAUAACCCAACUUCUUUUAAUGUGAAAAGAAGGUGGGACGACGAUGUUGUGUUUAAGAACCAAGCACGAGGUGAAACCAAGACACCCAAACGAUUCAUCAAUGACACCAUCAGGAAUGAUUUCCACAGAAAGUUCCUGCAAAAAUACAUGAAGUAGAUCAUCGAGGCAAGAGCCACCUAGCAGUCGGUGGUCAGUGGUGAAACUCAGUGAUGUACAACGUGUGUUAUCUAAGUGUGUGACUCACUCUGGGUGAAUAUGAGAAUCUUGAUAUUUACGCUUGGAAUGUGAUUUUAGCAUCAACUCAUCUGCAUCUGCCUCCUGUAUGCUAUGAAUAUUUCUCACCUCCACUGUUUCUGUUCGUUUUUUUUUUUAAUGGGAAAAGAAUGUAUCUGUGGAUCAACCUUUCGUAGAAACAAGUUUAUUUUCUAUUUUUGA